UCGGGUUCCGGAUUUUAUGCCCAGGCCUACCUGAGAACAUUUUAAAACAGAAAUCACACAAUUUAAAACUGGAUUCAAAACCAUAUACAAAGAGGAAAAAAAUAAUAUCGACAUCAUAAUCCUGUUAAAUAUGAAUCUAAACACCAAAGAGCUGUUCAAAACAAUGAUGAACAUAAAUUUAAAAAUCAGAUUCACCUUAGAAUCCAGAAUGAGCAUAUCUACUACCAUGAGGUGGCCAGCACAUUUAAUGUUUCUAGCUUCCCAAAAACGGAGAAGCCGCACCUCCACCAUGGAUGAGCAACGUCCAGAUUUGAGAUUAGCAAGAAUGGUAGAUAUGUUAGCCAUAAGAAUAAGGAGAAUAAGGAAUAAGUUUCUAAUGUAGUAGGAUUUGUGAGGAUGAUGUCUACGGAAAGAACAAAUACCUUUUUAUAGUAGGAGUUUCACAGCCCGUAAGGGAGAUGAGUACUAAUGAAUGAGAAAUCGUGGGCGUCGUGGGUCCAAGGAGUAAAGAUUAAUGCUUAAGGGGAGGAACACUUAGAGCAUCUCCAACCCCACUCCAUAAUUUACUGCAAAAUGGAGUGGGAAAUGGAGUGAUGAACAAUCAAAAAACCCAUUACUCCAUUUAUGCAGUAAUCACGUUUUUGUUUGUUUAUCACUCUAUUUCCCACUUCAUUUUGCAGUAAAUUAUGGAGUGGAGUUGGAAAUGCUCUUAAUACAGUAACAUAACAUAGUCGACGAAUCAUGUGCGAAACAUCAUGAAAGUCACCAAAUCAGUGAUUCCAAACAGAUAUUUGAGACAGUGAACCUCGAACAACCUCCAUUAAAGUCUGGCUUGAUCACAGAUUCAGAGAGAAAAACCCUAGAUAUAUCAAGGAAGACGACUGCGAGAACUCAUCGACCUUUGAUGUUUCGGUUCACGCGUUGGAAUUAAUUAACUGGAACAUAUCGCGAGGUUUAGAGGCCCAUUUAAACAAAAUAGGAAUAAAUCGCCGAAGCCCAAAUCAGAAUUGAUUUAAAAUGCAAUGCCACGUGUCGAUCUCACAGAGCCAAACUUUCUGACAUGGCAUCCUAUGUGGCUUAGCCGGAAACACAUUUAUAUAUUGAGCUAGGUGUUUUCCUACGCGCGGAAUGUGAUGUAUGUUUUUGUGAAAAUAUAAAACUUGUGUAACCGUUUUUGUAUGUUCAUUUGGUUGACAGUGCAAUUUAGUCGAUGAGGGUCAUCAACACCGGUCUAUUGUUUUAUUCGUUCAUUUUCAUUUUAGUAGUUUAUAGAAUAGUGACUUCGGUGACUAAUUUGAUUUCAAACCAUGAAGUGUAACAAUCAAUCCAUAUAUUUUUUUUUGUUAAUACUUCUGGUAACCAACAAAUGAGAUUAAAAUAGUUGAUAGUUUCUUCGCAGUAGCAAAUAGGAUUAAAAAGUAAAAAUUGGGAGUUGAGUUUUUGAAAAUACCAUCCGUAGUCAACUGAGGAAUAUAUAUAAAAUAUACUGUGAUAGGAAAUAUUGUUUGUCAAUAAAGAAAGAAGCAAUUUUUUUUUUUGAAAAUCUUUAGCUUUUAAGAUUACAAAAUGAAGUGAUGACAUGAUUUGUUAUAUAUAUAUAUAUAUUAUCCAAUAAAAUCUAUGAUUAAUAUUUUGUAAAACAAUAAUUGAGAACUUUGAAAAAUUAUUUUAAAAAAUAUUUUUUUCAUUUGUGGGUGUAAAAGCAUAUUACAUAAGAAAAAAAACUAUAAAGUUGGUUUCUGUAAGUAGUUUUUUUAAGUUUUUUUGUGAGCUUUUUUAAAUAUAACUAAUACUACUAUUUGAACCAAACUUCCGUUGUUCUUUGAUGUUGGUUGCAUCAAGUCUUGAGUUAGCAAAUUAUCAAAUGGUGUAACCUAAGUAUGGAUUUGUUAGAUGAGCAUAUCGAGAUCUUUCAUUUUGGGAAUCCAUAACCGCAAAAGAUCCAUUUAUGUUUAAUUAUUUUAUAUUUUUGGUUUAUAUUUGGUUAGUCUAAAAUUUGGUUUACUUGGGGUUUUUUUUUUUUUUUGGUUUUGGGCAUUACUCAGAUACUGGUUUAUAUUUUAUAAACGUAUCGAAGCUACUUAUCUAGACCGGUCAAGUUUAAUAUAAAAAUGAACAUCAUGAAACAAAGAUAAAAUCAAAAACUACACUAAAAGGCAAAUACUAAACCUUCUUAGGUGGUCCACGUCGGACUGAAAAAUUAGCCACUCAUGGAGCAGCAUUCGUCCACGUCACCACUCCUCCGCUUUCCUUUGGGCUCCAUGUCACCACUCCUUCGCUUUGUUUUGGGCUUUUACGUUCUCGGCCUGCUUGCUCUUUGGUCUAUGACCCAUGACCGGUUUAGCCCGUGGUUAUUUACUCCCUCACCCGCGAUUGGAUUGUAACCCUAAUUUUGUUCUUCGAUCCCCUUUCGUCUUCCACAUCUUCCUUUACUUUUCUCUGCGAAUCGGGUUCAACGAUUAAUUUCACCAGUUAUAGCCUCACCAAUAACUGCUGUAAUCAAACCUCCCUUUGAGCUGAUUCGAUGAAUUCCUUUCGCUUUCCACUCCUUUUUUUUAUUUAUAAAGCUCAUCUCUUCUUACCUUAUCUCUCCACCACAACUAAUAAUAUUCUCUUAAAUAUUCAUCCCGAUGGAUCUCAGCGGCAACUCUCCAGCUUCCGGGACCACCAGACCAGCAAGAAGACUGUCGCCUCCUCUGCGACUGCGAAAUCAACCGGGAAGUCCACUGCUUCCUCUGUGAUUGUGGUGAAACCUAACGGAAAGGCUGCUGUUUCAUCUGCCAAUCCGAUGGAACCAAACGCUGCUACCGAUCUCUCCUCCAUGCAUGGUGACCAAGUGAUGUUCUUCAGAGAGGUUUCUCUCGGCCCACGCGAAGCCGAGUUGAUGUUCCGUGUGAUUCAUUUCUGGGAGGCUCGCAAUCCAAACACGAAGACGCUCAUUGGACAAGAGAUGCUCCUUAUCGACCGAGAGGGGACUGUUAUUCAAGGUUUUGUUCCAGCCAGUCGAGUUGGGAGAUAUGAACUGGCGGCGGGUUCUGUCUAUAAACUGAUCAAUUUUUUCGGAUCCAGAAGCAAGGAUCAGUAUCGCGUUGCCGAUCAUAGCGCCACUGCCUCAUUCAGUUGGAAUUCUUCUUUGUCUGUUCUUGAAAAUCCUCCGGUUCAAAUUCCAGAAGAUAGGUUCAGGUUCCAUACCUAUGAGGAGUUUAAGUCCAAUUGUGACUCCAAGGGUGAUCUUUAUGACUAUGUUGGCCACAUGAAGCUGGUUAAUGGUCAGACUAUGACUGACCAUAUUGUUCUUGACGAAGCUGACAUAGCAGAGAAGCGGCAUCUAUGUGUACAUGUUCAGACACAUGAUGGACCAGUGAUGAAGUUGUAUCUAUGGGACAAGGCUGCAUCCGACUUCUGCCAGAAAUUCAAAUCGUAUGGAAGCAUUCCAAGUGUUCUUUUGGUCACCACAGUGAACCCUAAACAUCUUGGAGGAACACUUGCUCUCACUUCGAUGUCAUCCUCUCGAGUGUUUAUGGAUGCCGAUGUUCAGCCAAGCAAGGAGUACCUCGAAUGGUUGGUCUCGAACUCAGAAAUUGCCAAUAGAGUUGCUGCUGAGGUUGUCACUAAGCCCGAGUCAGUGACACUUGAGGAACUAUACUCUUACAUCAAGCAGAAAACUUCUAAGGUUGCUUGGUUUGAAUGCACCGCAACCAUAGAUGAUGUUGUCCAGGGUUCUGCUUGGUACUACAUUUCCUGUGGUGGUUGCAAUAGUAAGGCGGUCAAAGGGCCUACCUCUCUGAUUUGCAACAAUAAGAGGUGUGGGAAAAGUGAAGUCACAGGCGUUCCUCAGUACCUGACGAAGAUUUCUGUUUAUGAUAAGAGUGAGCAAGCACUUUUUGUCAUUCUUGGUGAUGCUGGGAAGGAUUUGACUGGCAAGCAUGCAGCAGAAUUGGUUGCAAAUUACUUUGAGACUAAUGUGGGAGUUGGAUCUGAUCAUUGCGUGCCGGUUCCGGAUGCUUUGCUUGAAGCAAUAGGGAAGACAUGCAAGUUCAUUGUGAAAGUCUCGGAUCAUAAUUUGACAGGCAAGACACAGACCAUAACUGUCACAAAGAUUCUCCCAGCAGAAGCUCCUCUUCCAUCAACGCCCGAUGGUAUUUCGAAGACUGGAGGUGAUGGCUCUGGACCUUUCGGGGCGUUUAGAGAUUCUGCAGGUGAUAGGGCUAGAAAAGCAACUGAGAGUCUUGAGUCAGAUGAAGCCAAGCGUUCUAAGAGUGGCUAAUAAUUUUGUGUGUGUUUUUAUGUGUGUUUUUAUGUUUCCCUAAUAAUUUUGCGUUCUUGACAUUUGCAUUCUCAGAAUUUUAUCUUUUCAUGUCUAAGUUUUUGCUGGAUACAAUUUUCGUUAUAUGGGUUUUUAUAUCCCUUCGAGGAAUUUGCUUAUUCUAUUAUGAUCUUUUUAUUUGUUUGAUGUGAAGAUUAUCAUAGUUUGCUUCAAAUUUACUUCUUAGUGGCACCAAAUUUUCACACAUUGAUAUGUAACUCUGAUUUUUACUUCACGUAAGCUUCUUGCAUAGAUUAUACUUUGAUUAUACGAGUGCUUUGGAUUGUUUUUAAAACAUUUGUUUCCAUUACUUAUCUUAAUUGUAUAUGUUAUUAAGAAUUAUAAUGAAUAACUUACCAUAUGUCAACCAUGGGAUCUUCUCAUUUAUAUUAGCUUCUUGGCAAUAUACAUUACCUUUAUGAAUCAUCAUAUCUGCGGCAAUCCUACAUCAUAAAAGGAAUGUAAGAUAAUUUUGUACACAAGCCAUAUCAAUCAAUUACUAUCUUCUUUCAAACGGAAAAAAAAAAAUUCAACUCUUUCUAAAGCUCAUCCUUAUCUUGCAUAAGCUGAAGAAACAUAAUAUCCAUAUUCUCAAGACUAUCAUCCACAAAUUGUGUAAGUUUAAUACAAUCGUAUCUCAACAGUUAUAAAAGCUAAUGCAGUUACCAAAGUGAUAAUAGAUUGUUCGCAACCUUCAGCGUACUGCCGGAAUGGAUACACCGCCCUCUGAUCAACCCCAAGAAAACACAGGUAAAUAUGUAAUCCCUGCAUCUUUCCCCACAACAAGAACAACAUAUUUGAUGCGCAUAAUUUCUUUUUAAUCUUUCGAUGGGUUUCCGAAACUUUUUGACUAAUUUAUUGCAAUAUACAAGCAAUAAAAUGGUUUGGGAGAAUCUACUCGAAUGAAUAUACCCUGUCACAUCAACCGUAAUGGAGUGAAUCAAACAAAUGAAUAAAAAUAGACUCAUUAGCUAUUGUGUAUAAAGCUACGAACCGAACCGUUGUGUUCUGCUCGGUUAGUAUAGUCUAUGUUCAGUAAAGAUAAGUUCAAAUGCCAUUGAUAUGUUCCAUAUGUCUUACGUAGGCAUCAAGUUGGUCAGACACAUAAAAAAAUAUGUUUUCAAAUAUUUUUGAUCCAUAAUACUAUAAAAAACAAAAAAGAAAUGUCAUAUAUUUUCGACUAAUAAACUUUGCAAAAAAAAAAAAAAGAUACCAAAUUUCUAUACUAUAAUUUACACAUACUUAUACUACUAUAUUUGAAAUAAAUCAGAUAUUCAUUAUCAAUUAUAUAUUAUAAUUUACAUUUACUUAGACUACUAUAUUUGGAAUGAUAUGUUUUGAUAUUACAAUGAUUAAGCAAGCAGUUUUGUUAUUUUCAAACAAAUCACCUUUUUAUUUAUACAUAGACUAAUUAGAUAUUUAUUUAAUUUUCGAUUAAUUUAUGAUUUUUUCUUUAAUGGCCUUAUAUUAAUUACAUAAACAUGUACGAACAUCAUAUAUAGAUACAUCGACAUAUGAUUUUUAGUCUCAAAUAUAUAUGUAAAUAUCUAACACAUUAAAUAUACUCAUACUGUCAAACCUCCAUAUCAAAACUGUAUCCCAUACAUGUUAUUAGCUAUGAACUUUUAACCAUUUUAAAAAUCAGUAUUUAUGAAAUUUGUCGUUGGAAACUAUCAGAACGAAAGAGGACGAUCCCAUCAUAUGCAUAUAUAAUUUAGUUAUUUUAGCAAUCAUGCAGCCGAGUACACUUAUUAUAUAGUCAUUUAAUAAAUGAUAUAUCAAGGGUGAAAUCUUAGCAUUUUCUUCAAUAAUUUAUAUAUAUUAUUUUUUGGAAGGUUGGUAUAUGCCGUAAAACCAUAAUAUUUUCUGAUAUUCCAACAAUUAUAUUCAAGAUCAAAAAGUUACCGACCGGAAGCUUAUGAUAUUUUGGAAUCUAAUAUAAUUGUUAAAAAUCUUUAGUAAAUUAUCUACUCGAUUUGACAUGCUUUCAUUUGUUUAUUGUAAUUUUAUUUAGAGAUAUUAUUCAAACAUAAAAAUUAUAAAUGGUUCUUUUUUUUAUACAAUUUGGUGAGCCACAAUUUAGAAUAGCGUAGGAUUAUAGUAUCAUUAAUUGUAAUAUAUUUUAUACUUACGUUAAACUAAAAGUAAAAUUAAAAUCGAAUUACAAAGUAUAUUUAUGUUACCUAAAAUGACUUAUUCUGGGAAAUCUGUUUUCAAAAAGAAGAUUUCAAAGAUAUCAAGAAUAUUUGUUAUUGUGUACGUAUGAUAUUUGUCCCUUAAAUAAAGUAAUAUAAAGAUAUGACAAUAUAUUAUCAUUCCAUUUUGUAUAAAAGUUAUUAUAUUUGAAAUUAUACACACUUAAUAUUUUUUUGAAACAAAAAAACUCAAUAUACUAAUUUAAAUUUUUUAUUAAAAAGAAGAAUUAAUUUCUUACUGAUCUCGAGUUCAUAAUUUAUCUCCUCCGUAUGACCCAAAAAUUUAAUUUUGAAAAUACAUUCCUGUGUGUAAUAAUUAUAGUUGGAUAUUCAUGUAUCUUAUUACAAUUUAUAGUUUUGUUUGUAAAGUUCUAAAUAACAUAUGCCCUUAAUUAAAAUCGCAUGUCUUACAGUGACAUCUUCCAUGCAACACAUUCCUCAAAGAAUCCACCAACUUCAGGAAGGGAUUUAAGUGUGUCCUAUCACGGUAUGUAUAAGAAAUGUUUGGGACAUCAGAAAACACCAAACAGAUAAUACUCAAACUUCCAUCGGCUUCUUGUGCUAUGACCACCACGUAAGCCUUUUUAAACUUUAACAUAUACAUACAUAUAUGUAUUUUCUAAUCCACCAUAUUUUAUUUAAACUACUCACUAUUUACUUAAUUGGCUCGGCACAACAAAAUUUGUUCACACUCAGGGACAACUACUAGAAGGUCGGCUCAACGGAAAAAUUCAGCAGAAUGACCCAAAAAACUUAACCGAAGGAGAUAUAUAUGAAUUUUCAGGAUUUUCUGUCAUACAUAAUUCACGACAUCGGAAACUCACCCAACUGCCGUAUUACAUUCAGAUCGACCAAAAGACAAUAACAUUGAACGUUACAAACAUCGGUCCGAUAUUUCCAGUUCACAAUUUAUCUCCUCAGAAUUACAGAAAUCUAUUGCGCUUAGCCACUACACCCACCUACUUACCAGGUACGUAAGCCAUUCCAGUAAUAAUUAAACAAACAUGGAUGUUUAUUCUAAAAUCAAUGUGCAGAUGUCGUCGGGCAGAUACUCAUAAUACAAAAAAUAAAACCGUACCACCCAGAACUCAAUAUUGAUGCCACGAUUGGUCUACGCCUGAACAGGUAAGUCUAACACAAUAGUUAAAAACGAUAUAAUAAUUCUCUUCAUACAUACAUCUCUAUCUCAGGUCGACAAUUGUUAAACUCAUAGUGUGCGACAAGCAAGCAGCAGAUUUUAGCAUCCUACAAAGCAAGAAGAAUAGGAAAUUUAAAGUUGUCAUCAUCACAAGCAUAAUUCCUAAACUUUUCGAAGGUAAAUAAUUUUAUUAAACACAUCAACAAAUAAUACAGAUCUAAAUUUUUUUUAUCAACAAAACAAUAAUAUCCAAUAUUUUCCAGGCAAACUACUACUCCGUACAUCACCAGCAACAAAUUUCUACUUCAACAAAUCAAUUGAUUAUAUAAAGCAUUUCAAAAGGCGAAUAGGAGAUCAUGCAAAAGCAUGCAGCAAAGAGUGAUUCUAAUUCAUGCAUCAUUCGGAUUAUUAUUCUCUUUCUCACAGAUCUUGAUACCUAGAUUUAUUUACAUUUUAAACUAUUUUAUCAUUGUUUUUCUUUAUAUCUCUACUUCUAUAUAAAAUCUAAAACUCAACUUCUGUCUUUCAAUCUUUGCUAAGCAAUUUAAAUAUAUAGAGAAUAAAUUAAAAGACAGGUGAUGUUAUGGUGUGAGUGAGAGAUGAGAUUCCCAUCUUUUUAAAUAAGAGAAAUUAUAUUCUAAACCUAAUUAUUUUUUAUACAAAACUAUAAAAUCUCGGAGUUGAUUCUUCAUAGUUAAAACAAAUUUUUAAAUUAGUUAAGUUAAGUUAAAAAUGUAGAAGCACAUUAAGACUCAAACAUUUUCCGCGCGUAGCGCGGACGAAGCAUCUAGUCACAAUACUAAAAUCAAGAUAUAGUGAGCAAUUAAGCUAUCCACAUCAUCAAAAAUAACCAUCCAAUCAAAUGCAAUUGUUCUGUCACGUCAUUUUGCCUACUCACUUUCUAGCUACUCUAGCUAACAUUUACGAAAAUUAUCCACCGGCAAUCUCAUCUCUUCGCCUUCUUCCCUAAAAUUAAUUUCCUAUUUACCAUUGAUCUCUUCCUCUCCUUCUCUGUAUUUCGUUUCUGAUAGGUUUAAUUGCAUAAACUCAUUAUUUAACAUUUUUUACUCUUUCACUCUUCUUUUAGACUCAAAUAUAGAGAGAACUCCGGUGACUUCAACGCCGCCGUUAAUCACCAUAGAAGAAGAUCGAUGAACUAAAACCGGAUUCGGCAAAUGGUUACAGCCGUCGGUGAUGAUCAGUUACGGUUCAAUAAGUUCGAAUACGCCGUACGAGUGAGUGAGCUUGACAUCGAUUCAAUCAACAAAGGGUUUGAUUCGGGUAAGAAUAUGUGCAAGCGCCACGCCACCCCUAAAAAGUUUGGGGAUGCUUUCGACGGGCCGGAGAUGUGGGCGAGCCUGACGUUGAACCUUCAACGCGCCGCCCCUAAUUGAUCAGAUGUGUGGUUGCAGCGUUGUAGAAACUGGCUAAAAAUUAUCCCAAGGCUACUCAGAUAAUUUGUACAGCCAUAUGUGAGCUGUAGGAGGCACAUAUCCAGCAGACGAGUGUUUGUCCGAGGUGGUAUUGGGAAUAAAAACAAAUACUAGCAUUUCUUUCUCUCUACUCGACUUUAAGAAAUAGCUUCAGCAGGUUAGUUUGAUGAAUUGAUUUUUAAUUUGUUAGUUCAGAGGAUAUAGUAGACUCUUUGUGAGAGUUUUAGGAGUUAUUAGUUUAUCACUAUGAUUUUUAUUGUACAUUUUCUUUUUUCUUUCUCAUGGGAGUCUUUCCUUCCGCUGGUGUAUGGUCUAAGGAACAGUGUGCAGAUCAAUCAACCUUCUGGAUUCCAACUUGAGACGGCCAAAAAAGCCGGAUUGAAAGCGGUUAACAAUGAGUCUAUGACCGAUGCGGAGAAACAAAAUAGUUAAAACAGACUAUGAAAAUCUUAGCUUUUAAUUAAUAAGAAGGAACAGUUGAAGAUGAAUAAUGGUAAAUGCCUCAACUGGUCUAUACAAAAGAUGGACUCGGCAUGAAGGGUAGACUUCAAAUUAAGCAUAAUUUAGCAAAGAUUUUUGCAGAUCAUCAUCAUUCUUGAGAUUUAUGGUUUGAAGAACAUUGUUGAAAUUCUUUUUGGUUCUCGUGGCUUCUCCAAAAAUAUCUACCCAAAAUUCAGAAACAAUCUAGAAGCAGGAGCUUCGAGAAGUCAUCAAAAGAUCAGAUUAACUAUGAGAUGUCAAGCAUGCGAUUUCACAAAGCAUCCAAACAAUCAUAUUUACUUUCAGAGACGAUUUAUCAGAGAGUUCAUGAACCUAGGAACACUCCAAAAACUAUGUUGUUUGAUGUGGAUCAAACUACAUUUGGCACUGCUAUCAAUCAGAAAGCUUUUCGCAUAUGGAAAGAAUCAUUCCAACCAGCGGUUUAGGAACUUCAGCGUGUCUAUGGCAAAGAAGAUUGUUUCUUUUUGAAUGUAUAAUUAUGUUCAAAUUGUAAGAUUGUAAACAGCUUACUGGAUCUUACUUAGUGUAAAAACUUGGGUUCCAAAGAAAGUUGUAUCUUUUCCAUCGUCCAUCCCUUCAGUAAAAGCUUUCUUUAUGUAACCUUUAAGUAAACCCAAGUUUUCAUCCAUCACUA